AUGUUAAGACCGCUACUGAGGCUAAUGUCAUUACCUAAACAUGCUUAUCUUAUAUCUUCUUACAACUUGCACCUGGAAUAUAUACAAAGUAAUAAAUUGAGAACUAAUUUGACCUUGUUGUCUCUACGCAGGCAAGCGCAUCAAGUGCUUACAUUCAGCAGCUUCUCCCAAGGGAUGUUGCCUGCCAGACAGACCACCUGGAAACGUGCUGUGGGCACACAACUAUCCUUAAAGACUUUGCACUUUACAAGUGAAGAAUACUGUGAUGCAUUUGGAGACCGUAGCACGCAGCGCGGUGCCACCUCAGAGAGUCUGGGUGUGGACGGCCCUGGCUCCUCCCACAUGUCCAGUCACAGCGGGGAGCUGAAGAUCCUGAGCUUCUACGGUAAAGGGGAGGGCCCACUGGCGGUGGACGGCCAUGACACCCUCUUCACCGCGUCAGAAGUGGAGGCCCUGAACUCGCUGUCUGCGGACCACAGCGCGGCCAAGAGCCUGGAGCGCGGCGAGCGGCUGGUCUGCAGCGAGGAGCUGAGUGUGCAGCAGCAGACCCCAGACACCAUUUCAAUCAAGGUUGAAGAGGAUGUUGGUGGAGGCAUGCCAGCCGUAGAAUACUGCGAUGCCUUUGGAGACCGUAGCACGCAGCGCGGCGCCACCUCAGAGAUUCUGGGUGUGGACGCCCCUGGCUCCUCCCACUUGGCCAGUCACAGGGAGGAACUGAAGAUCCUGAUCGUCCAUGAAAAAGGGGGGGGUCAACUGGCGAUAGACGGCCAUGACACCCUCUUCACCGCGUCAGAAGUGGAGGCGCUGAACUCGCUGUCUGCGGACCACAGCGCGGCCAAGAGCCUGGAGCGCGGCGAGCGGCUGGUCUGCCGCGAGGAGCUGAGUGUGCAGCAGACCCCAGACACCAUUUCAAUCAAGGUUGAAGAGGAUAUUGGUGGAGGCAUGCCCGCCACAGAAGACAAUGACAUCAGAGACUGCAGCACGCAGCGCGGCGCCACCUUGGAGAGUCUGCGUGUGGACGCCCCUGGCUCCUCCCACAUGUCAAGUCACAGCGGGGAGCUGCGCAUCCUGAGCGUCUACGGACAAGGGGAGGGCCCACUGGCGGUGGACGGCCAUGACACCCUCUUUGCCGCGUCAGAACUGGAGGCCUUGAGCUCGCUGGCCGCUGACCACAGCGUGGCCAAGAGCCUGAACUGCAGCGUGAGGCUCGUCCGCCUUGAGGAGCUGACUGGGCAUCAGGGCGGCUGCAAGGGCCGGCCCGGUGUCUUGUGUGGAAAGGUUAUUCCCAACAAUGCCAAUAUGAUCGUCCACAUGAGGACCCACAACGACGAGAAGCCGUACUGUUGCUACCAAUGCAUGAAGCGCUUCAGUCAGAAAGGCUGCCUGAACCGCCACAUGAUGACUCACGAAGGGGUGAAGCCCUACAAGUGUGACCAAUGCAUGAGGUGCUUUGGAGAGAGCUCCAAGCUGAAGCUCCACAUGAGGACUCACUCUGGGGAGAAGCCCUACAAGUGUGACCAAUGCACGAUGCGCUUCAGUCAUGGCUCCACCCUGAAGAUCCACAUGUGGACUCACACCAGCAAGAAGCUCUACAGGUGUGACCAAUGCACGUUGCGCUUCAGUCAUGUUUGCGCCCAGAAGAUCCAUAUGAGGACUCACUCCGGCGAGAAGCCCUACAGGUGUGACCAAUGCACGAGGAGCUUCAGUCGGAAAGGCACCCUGAAGAUCCACAUGAGGACUCACUCCGGGGAGAAGCCCUACAACUGUGACCAAUGCACGAUGCGGUUCAGUCAUGGCUCUGCCCUGAAUAUCCACAUGAGGACUCACUAUGGCGCGAAGCCUUACAAGUGUGACCAAUGCACGAUGCGCUUCAGUCGGAAAGGCACCCUGAAGAUCCACAUGAAGACACACUCCGGGGAGAAGCCUUAUAAGUGUGACCAAUGCACGAGGCGCUUCAGUCAUGGCUCCGCCCUGAAGAUCCACAUGAGGACUCACACUGGCAAGAAGCCCUACAGGUGUGACCAAUGCACGAGGCGCUUCAGUCAGAAAGGAACCCUGAACCGCCACAUGAGGACACACUCCGGGGAUAAGCCUUAUAAGUGUGACGAAUGCACGAGGCGCUUCAGUCAUGGCUCCGCCCUGAAGAUCCACAUGAGGAUUCACACUGGCAAGAAGCCCUACAGGUGUGACCAAUGCAUGAGGCGCUUCAGUCAGAAAGGCACCCUGAAGAUCCACAUGAGGACACACUCCGGGGAGAAGCCUUAUAAGUGUGACCAAUGCACUUUGCGCUUCAGUCAUGCUUGCGGCCUGAAGUUCCACAUGAGGACUCACUCCGGGGAGAAUCCCUACAAGUGUGACCAAUGCACGUUGCGCUUCAGUCAUGUUUGCGCCCUGAAGACCCAUAUGAGGACUCACUCCGAGGAGAAGCCCUACAAGUGUGACCGAUGCACGAUGUGCUUCAGUCGUGGCUACGCCUUGAAGAUCCACAUGUGGACUCACACCGGCCAGAAGCCCUACAGUUGUGACCAAUGUACGAGGCGCUUCAGUCAGAAAGGUACCCUAAAGAUCCACAUGAGGACUCACUCCGGCGAGAAGCCCUACAGCUGUGACCAAUGCACUUUGCGCUUCAGUCAUAGCUCUGCGCUGAAGAUCCACAUGAGGACUCACUGCUCCAUAUCGUUUUGCAACCCGCCAAUAAACUCAGAAGAAGAAGGCGACGACAACAUGGCUCACAAACGAGCGAAGCAUGGCAGUUGCUCAGUGUUUGAAUGCUCAAAUGAACACAAAACUGUAUUUUUAGUUCCUUCAUCCGAGCCUCUGAAGAACCAGUGGAUUAAUUUUAUUGUUUCUGGAAAUGCGUCCGUCUGCGCCAAACAUUUCACUGACGACUGCUUCCUCAACUUGGGCCAAUACAGAGCUGGACUUGCUCAACGUCUGAGAAUCAAGUCUGGAUCAGUACCAACUCUCCAUGGCUCAGCCACAAACCUCGAAAAAGCCAGCUCAUCAAGUGCUUACAUUCAGCAGCUUCUCUCAAGGGAUGUUGCCUGCCAGACAGACCACCUGGAAACGCCUACUGUAGGCACACAGCUAUCCUUAAAGACUUUUCAGCCCCAUUUUAAAAGUGAAGAAGACUGCGAUGCCUUUGGGGAUUGUAGCACGCAGCGCGGCGCCACCUCAGAGAGUCUGGGUGUGGACGCCCCUGGCUCCUCCCACAUGUCCAGUCACAGCGGGGAGCUGAAGAUCCUGAGCGUUUACGGUAAAGGGGAGGGCCCACUGGCGGUGGACGGCCAUGACACCCUCUUCACCGCGUCAGAAGUGGAGGCCCUGAACUCGCUGUCUGCGGACCACAGCGCGGCCAAGAGCCUGGAGCGCGGCGAGCGGCUGGUCCGCCACGAGGAGCUGAGUGUGCAGCAGCAGACCCCAGACACCUUUUCAAUCAAGGAUGAAGAGGAUAUUUGUGGAGGCAGUCCUGCUGUAGGAGACGGCAAUGACAUCAGAGACUGCAGCACGCAGCGCGGCGCCACCUCGGAGAGUCUGCGUGUGGACGCCCCUGGCUCCUCCCACGUGUCAAGUCACAGCAGGGAGCUGCGCAUCCUGAGCGUCUACGGACAAGGGGAGGGCCCACUGGCGGUGGACGGCCAUGACACCCUCUUGGCUGCGUCAGAACUGGAGGCCUUGAGCUCGCGGUCCGCUGACCACAGCGUGGCCAAGAGCCUGAACUGCAGCCUGCGGCACCGGGGCGGCCGCAAGGGCCGGCCCGGUGUCUUGUGUGGAAAGGUUAUUCCCAACAAAAAGCCGAAAGCCAAGAUGCCGUACAGGUGCGACCAAUGCAUGAAGCACUUCAGUCGGACAAGCCACCUGAAGCGCCACGUGAUGACUCACUCCGGGGAAAAGCCCUACAAGUGUGACCAAUGCAAGAAGCGCUUCAGUCGGAAAGGCGACCUGAAGAUCCACCUGAGGACUCACUCUGGGGAGAAGCCCUACAAGUGUGACCAAUGCACGAAGCGCUUCAGUCAGAAAGGCACCCUGAAGAUCCACAUGAGAACUCACUCUGGGGAGAAGCCCUACAAGUGUGACCAAUGCACGAAGCGCUACAGUCGGAAAAGCUACCUGAUGCUCCACACGAGGUCUCACUCAGGGGAGAAGUCCUUCAAGUGUGACCAAUACGAGAAGGCCUCCAGAUGUGAACAAUGCACAAAGCGCUUCGGAGAGUGCUCCAAGCUCAAGAUCCACGUGGGGACUUACACCGGCGAGAAGCCGUACGGGUGCGACCAAUGCAUGAAGCGCUCAGUGGCGGAGCAAGAACAUUUUCAGUUGGAUGGCCAGGAAGACUGCGAUGCCUUUGGAGACCGUAGCACUCAGCGCGGCGCCACCUCGGAGAGUCUGGGUGUGGACGGCCCUGGCUCCUCCCACAUGUCCAGUCGCAGCGAGGAGCUGAAGAUCCUGAGUGUCUACGGAAAAGGGGAGGGUCCACUGGCGUUGGACGGCCAUGACACCCUCUUCACCGCGUCAGAAGUGGAGGCCCUGAACUCGCUGUCUGCGGACCACAGCGCGGCCAAGAGCCUGGAGCGCGGCGAGCGGCUGGUCUGCCGCGAGGAGCUGAGUGUCCAGCAGACCCCAGACACCAUUUCAAUCAAGGAUGAAGAGGAUAUUGGUGGAGGCAUGCCUGCUGUAGAAGACGUCAAUGACAUCAGAGACUGCAGCAAGCAGCGCGGCGCCACCUCGGAGAGUCUGCGUGUGGACGGCCCUGGCUCCUCCCACAUGUCCAGUCGCAGCGGGGAGCUGCGCAUCCUGAGCGUCUACGGACAAGGGGAGGGCCCACUGGCGGUGGAAAAGCCCUACAAGUGUGACCAAUGCAAGAAGCGCUUCAGUCGGAAAGGCAACCUGAAGAUCCACCUGAGGACUCACUCUGGGGAGAAGCCCUACAAGUGUGACCAAUGCAUGAUGCGCUUCAGUGAGAAAGGCACCCUGAAUAAACACAUGAGGAGUCACUCCGGGGAGAAGCCCUACAAGUGUGACCAAUGCACGAAGUGCUUCAGUGAGAAAGGCAGCCUGAAGAUCCACAUGAGGACUCACUCUGGGGAGAAGCCCUACAAGUGUGACCAAUGCACGAAGUGCUUCAGUGAGAAAGGCACCCUGAAGAUCCACAUGAGGACUCACUCUGGGGAGAAGCCCUACAAGUGUGACCAAUGCACGAAGCGCUUCAGUCAGACAAGCCACCUGAAUAAACACAUGAGGAGGACUCACUCUGGGGAGAAGCCCUACAAGUGUGACCAAUGCACGAAGUGCUUCAGUCUGAAAUGCAGCCUGAAGAUCCACCUGAGGACUCACUCUGGGGAGAAGCCCUACAAGUGUGACCAAUGCACGAAGUGCUUCAGUCUGAAAGGCACCCUGAAUAAACACAUGAGGAGUCACUCCAGGGAGAAGCCCUACAAGUGUGACCAAUGCACGAUGCGCUUCAGUCAGAAUAACAUCCUCAAGAACCACAUGACGACUCACUCCGGGGAGAAGCCCUACAAGUGUGACCAAUGCACGAAGUGCUUCAGUCUGAAAUGCAACCUGAAGAUCCACCUGAGGACUCACUCUGGGGAGAAGCCCUACAAGUGUGACCAAUGCAUGAUGCGCUUCAGUCAGACAAGCCACCUGAAGGACCACAUGAGGACUCACUCCGGGGAGAAGCCCUACGAGUGUGACCAAUGCACAAAGUGCUUCAGUGAGAAAGGCACCCUGAAUAAACACAUGAGGACUCACUCCGGGGAGAAGCCCUACGAGUGUGACCAAUGCACGAAGUGCUUCAGUGAGAAAGGCACCCUGAAUAAACACAUGAGGACUCACUCCGGGGAGAAGCCCUACAGGUGUGACCAAUGCACGAAGUGCUUCAGUCUGAAAGGCACCCUGAAUAAACACAUGAGGACUCACUCCGGGGAGAAGCCCUACAAGUGUGACCCAGGGGUUAAAAUUAACUUUUUUUUACCACCGUCCCGGAAACGUCCCGAAUAACAUUUUGAACCGUCCCGAAUCGUCCCAAAUUUUUCCCAUAAAUAUUUUUUACAUUUUGAGUCGUUACUUAGGCCUACUGAUAGUAUAAUAAAAACACAAUACGUUAUGUUGAUGAAAUAAUAUAUUUAUUUCCAGAUGACAAGCAACACCCUCGCAGAACUGUGGUCUAUCUACGUGACCACUGUGUGUGUGUGUGUGUGUGUGUGUGUGUGUGUGUGUAGAACAAUGUGUGACGCAGCGCCACAGAAUCAACACCGAGCGCCACAAAUUGAUUCUGCUUUUUUUAAUUUUUUUAAACGUUUUAGCGAUUUUGAAAUAUAAAUGUCGUUCCGUUCGUACAUCCCGCGUAGCAAUCUUUCUCCCUCUCAUUCUCGUUCACAGACGCACACAGAGACAAGCGCGCAUAGGCCUACAUGCCAAUGGUGCGCGGGUACACUACCACAUUUAUAUUUCAAAAUCGUUUAUUUGAUACCACCUGCAUUCGUAGUGUUGAUCAGCAGAGAAAUAGUCCGCCAAAGACGUUGACGUCGCUUAGCAACCGAAGACGCUGGGGUUGACAAGUUACUGGUACUUGCGGAGUGAGACUUCAUUAGAAGCAAAAAAUCUGUUGUUUUCCUUGACAGCGGUCAAUCAUACUCAUGAUUAUACUUAGAAACGGUGAAUUAUCAAAUAUAAUUCACCGCCGGAAGUUGUGAAGGUCCCAUUGCAAGCGAAUGGAGCGUUCCAUGGUAUUGAGAAGACCCAUGUAAUAAUUGCGAUUAAUGUGAAAUGCAGCUGCUAUGUAGCCUAUAUAUAUGAAAUUUAGAUAAAUUAAAUUGAGAUAAAUGACGGUGUUAGACCCCCAGGCCGUUCUGCCGGCGAUUUAAAUUCGCUCUGCAGCAUAGGUUGGAGAUCGGGAAGUCUCCCGGUGGGCCGGCCCACUUUUUUUUUUGACUCCGUGCGCAGCCCCGCCUUCUCCAGUGAACCAAGAAAGCCUGACGAACGGGGGAUUUUACACCCGCUGUCUCACUGAACAACACAAACGCGAGCGAGCCAACCAAUUGAACGAAGCCCUUUCCAUUAAAUAAGUCUUUUCCACCGAUCGCGAACAUCACAGAAAGUGUUGAAAACUUAAACAGAAAAAUAAAGUCAGUGCCCGCAAAAUUCUCUUCGUCCCGAAGUCGACCCGAGAGAGAAUAAAAAUCCUCCCGAUGACAAUUAAUUACGUCCCCGGGACGACGGGACGUCGUUAAUUUUAAUCCCUGGUGUGACCAAUGCACGAAGCGCUUCAGUCAGACAAGCCACCUGAAGCGCCACAUGAGGACUCACUCUGGGGAGAAGCCCUACGUGUGUCUGCAGUGCAACGUUAGCUACAGCGACCCAAGCACUUUGCGUGUGCACAUGCUCAAGCACACUUUGAUACGGGGUAACGUGACGCUUUGAUUGAGACCUCUGUCUGGUAUUGGUUGAAAUUACUGCUUUUUGUUUUUCUUUUCAUCACGAUUAAACGCUUCGUACCUUCGAUUCACUUUCUGUUUUUAUUAAUUGAUGUCCGUGUUGAAUAACUUAUUUCUAGGACACUUCUGACAGCAAAAGAUUUGAUUUAAUGUAGAGCUUGAUCAGGGGAAGAUGCAGGCAGCGAAGUUACCAAGCAUACAGUCAAUGAGACGAUGGGUGUACAUGAUUCUUAUAGGAAACGUUGACAUCGUGGGUAAAUACAAAGGAAACAAAGGUCAGGGGGAGGGGCCUUCGUGGAGUUUAGGAUUGGUCAGAGGAGAGACCAAGUUAAAUUGCAAUUCACAAUAUGGGUGAAGUGGAGAUGGCUGCAAGACAGUUAAAGGAAUCUACACAACAUAGAAGUCUGGAUUGGCCUCAGUAUCAAACUUGGUGCCCACAGUUGCAAAUGCAAACUAUCUUAACACCUUUCUAUUAGAGAGGGCGGGAGGUUCCUCUAGGUCUAUGGAGAAUGCAUAGAAAUUCAUUGAAAUUGACAAAUUAUUCAAACUGGGUUCAUAUAAUUUGUAUAUAAAAGUUAUGCUUGAUAUUGCCACAACAUUGUCAUUACCGUUAUCUUUAUUAUUACAAAAAGCCUGCAAAGUUCACUUGUGAAAUAGACUGUGAUUGAACUGCACAUUAUGCAUGAUUGUGUUCAUUCCACUUACCUUUCCAUUCUGUGCGCUUAAUGCUAACUACCUUGGAUGGAUUGUAUCAUAAUGGGCGAUAAUGGUUGAAGUCAGAAGAUUCCUAGCAUUGGUCCCCCUUCACUCCCUGUUUGCAGCGGCGGCUGGUGAUCCAAUUCGUGGGUGGGGUGCAGUAAUGGAAGGGGUGUCCUCCCCACGAAAAUAUAGAAUUGGUUUCUGGGAUGCCCACUAGCUAAAAAUGUAUUCUGAUUCAUAGCCUACAUCCUGACUUGCAGGGCCUGGACAAGCCUACACUGCUUUCACUUUCAUUCCACUAGCCAUUGCUAUUUGACCCAUGGUUGUUAUUCUGAUAUUGAGGCAUAUCAUGAUCAAUGUCCUAUAGGGUUUUACCGGAGUCUCAAGGUCUAUUUCAAAUGCACUUUGGGACCGUUGUAUAUAUUUUUUUUAUAUGCUACAUACCAAAAGACUUAAUUAACAUGUAGUUUACUUGUUCCUUUUAAGUAUAUCAUUUAUGAGGAGUCCAAUUCCUCCAAUGAAAUGGGUAGAAAGUGCCUUUACAACUCUCUGCUGGUUAACUAUCUGUCACUUCUCUAUGCAUGUAGUUAUGUUGCGCAAUGCACGAAUGCUGCUGAGGGAGGUAGCCUAUUUGAUUCAUUGGCUGAAUUGUCCAAUCACCUCCAAAUUACUGCAAUGAGUUGAAACACAAGACACAGUAUAGUGUCAAGUGUUUCUUUAAUACUCUUGGUAGGAUAACAAACCUACCAUGAUUUAUCGUUCCUUAUGUUGUAUGGUCAUGUACAGGGGUUGGGUUUGUGUCGGGUCUCUUCUUUUUCUGUUUACUAAUUAUUUUGGUGUGUGUGUGUGUGUGGAAAGUUCAUAAGCCAGAGGGAAACUUUGAACCAAUGCAAAAGGCUUAAAUUUGUUAUGAGCUGGAGCAGUGAAUUUCUGUUUUUCUUUUCUUGUUUGAUGGUUUCGGUUCAUCUGUUCAAAUAUUGUGUUAUUGUUUGGUCCAAAAGCUUUGAUUUCUUUUAACAAACGAGCUGAGCCCUGUUUCAGGUAGCUGGUUUUGAGGCAACCCCGAGUUUGUUCGCUCUGAGUUAGUGGAAACUCUGGGUUUUCCGUUUCAGGUAGCAGGUUCAGCGCAACCGAGAGUUAGUUGCUGCGGCAACAUACGCCGUGGACCUAACCUGCUCGGGAGGUGGUUAGACCUACUCUGAGUUUGUUGUCUAUAAGGCUGAAGGCAGCUCUCCGACAGAAGGAAGUGUUAGAAAUGGCAUGUCCUUUUCUACGAGAGCCUGUGGACGUAGAGGCUGCGAUCCUCAGAAGGAAUCUCUGGAUAUAGGCCUACUUUAUUUUCCUGAUAAUUUUCUUCACGAGCGCUAUCGUUUUUCAGUUCAAUCUAUCAUUUAUUUAGACCACCUUCUCAGCCCCCAUGUUAACUGUCAAACGCACCGGGGGCAUGCUUUAAGUUUAUUUUUUAUUUUUUAUUAACGCAUGUGCAGAAUGAUCCGCCCCGUGCAUCCCACCCGCUCUGUACUACAGUCACUUCAACGUUGUGGCUUUCCCAUGAUCAGAGUAGCUGACUAACCAACCACGGACCUAUAACUGCUGCAAGUCAUGAAACUCAUUUUAAGAAUGCAAGGCAGAAAAGACCCUGGUACUGCUUUUAACCAGAUGCUGUUCUUCUCUACAUGCACAUGCUCAGCAUAAUCGUCUGCAUUGUUCACUGAAGUAAAACCCUUUGAGUAAACUGUUCAACAAAAUAACUUGUCCCACCACAGCCCGUGUUCUAAUAAAGACAAUCUACUUAUUAUGAGGAUUUUUUUAUUUCCUGAAAGCACAAAAAAAAAAAAGUCAUUUAUAUUGGGUAUGUUUUUAGAGCAGGGAACAGUAGCCUAUCCCAGUUUGCACCUCACCCACCUAUAACUUAUGUUCCAAAAUUUGGAUCUCCAAAGCAUCCUUUUGCAUCUUUUGAAUUGUUACAAUUGCAUGGAGGUUGGUGAGGGCAUCUGGUUCAAGUAGGGCGAUGACGCCAUCAGUAACUGGAAGAAGAUGAUUAGACAGUGCAAUUAUUACUUGAGCCAGAAUAUUGCCCCAUCUAAUUUGCAACGCGCUGGGUUGCGUGUACAUAUUUAAUUAUUUUGAAUAACCAACCUCUUAUACUGUAAAGGCACUUCUAUCCUGGGGGGUGGGGGGGAUCAGAGGAGCUCCCCCCAGGGAUGCCCUCAGCCACAGGACGCAUACUCUGUUGGCUGAGGGCCAUCUCCUCAGCCUCUGUGAGGGCUGCAGAGGUGGACCCCCUCCAGUCUGCCGGGCCUCUGCAUUUUUUCGAUUUGCUAACAUGGAGGAAAAUGUUACCCUAAUAUUCAGUAAGCGCUAUUUUGAAGAUGCAUUUUAUAAUGCAUUUUAUAAUGCAUUUUGCCUAGGUGUAGCCUUCUAAUAUAUCUAAAUCCUAUUAAAUAUUGGCAGUGUUGGGGUGGCUGGGAAAUGUAGGCCUACUACUUUCAUUUACUGCUUAAAUAUAGUAUACAAAUAUAUAAUACAUGUUGAACAUAGCUGUUAAAUUAGGUAGAGCAGGCAAAACAGCACAAUUGAUUUGAUUUCAAUUAAACAUUAGUUUACCUGUUUAAACUAUAUUUUGGUACUUCAUUUGCUGCCAAGUCCUCGUGGGGCAACUCGGGGUUGCGUAAAUUGACACACACACACACACACACACACACACACACACACACACACACACACACACACACACACACACACACACACACACACACACACACACACACACACACACACACACACACACACACACACACACACAAUUUACAUAUUGAAUAAGUGGAAGAUAUUAAACUUUCCUCUUAUUUUAUUUUAUUUUACUAAUUUAUUUGACUCACGCAUUGACUUGUUCCGCUAUUUCCUGCCAAGCUCUCUCCGAGCUCUCACUGCCGCGGCGGUAUUGCUUUUUUUGGUUAAAAUGGGUAACUGCUCGGCAUACACGUUCAUUCGAAUUUCCAAUUCCGUGGGGGAAAAGUAAGUGGAUCUACGCUUUUGGUCCAUGUUUGAUCAUGUUAUCAGAGAUCCAUUGAUGAUGGCUCUUCAUAGUCAACAGGCACGCCCUCAACCCAGAGUGAGCAUACUCAGAGUUGAUUAACCCAACGCUUAUCACCUGUUCUGAAACCGAAAACCCAGAGUUGCUUUUCAACCCUGAACUCUGAGUCAACCAACUCAGAGCGCAGGAUUAAACUCAGAGUAUGUUAAACCAGCUACCUGAAACAGGCCUCUGAACAUCAUCAUAAUUAAAAAAAAACGGUUUCAUUUGAACUUCAUUAUUUAUUGCUCAGGAUUUUUUCUUGCAUUUAUUCUGCUUGUAUUAUUUUUAACCAUGUUUAAUAAAAUCGAAAUUACGGGGAAAGGUUACCUCCCCUUCCUCUUAUUUUGCCCGCCCAGAUUAUUUGUCCCGACCGCCCAUGAGAAAAUGAGUUAAGAACGUGUUCAUAGUUCUUUCCUUGAGAGACACCGUGGCUUGCAAACGAGCGAAUGAUCGCAGUUGCUCAGUGUUUGGAUGUACAAAACCUCUAAAAAGCCAGCUCAUCAAGUGCUUACAUUCAGCAGCUUCUCUCAAGGGAUGUUGCCUGCCAGACCGAAAACCUGGAAACGCAUAUUUGUAGGCACAAAAAUAUCCUUAAAGUCUAUGCAGCCCCAUUUUAAAAGUGAAGAAGACUGCGAUGCCUUUGGAGACCGUAGCACUCAGCGUGGCGCCACCUCAGAGAUUCUGGGUUUGGUCGCCCCUGGCUCCUCGUCCCACAUGUCCAGUCACAGCGAGGAACUGGUGGUUAGCAAAAUAAAGAAUAUGUUUGCAUUUUUGCACUUGUUUUUGCACACACUACCCUCAGCUGUAAACUCAUUCUUGCAUGCGAGGGUCUUGAAUCAAAAAAAAAAAUACGCUGGCAAGACAUUGAAAUUGCAGGGCGUGCCAAGCCGCGACCGAACCAGCUGGGCAGUGUAAAAACGCCUAAUGUGUCGUUAGUGGGGAUUGACAACUAUUCUGUGAAAAUGAAAGAAUAUGUCUUGUGU